AUGCCAAAUGAUGAAAUUCUGAAAACUGUUUUCGCUCUACUGGAUGGCAUAGACCUUGCUUCUUGUAUGGCCGUAAGCAAACAAUGGAGAGAUAUGGCCAAGGAUGAUUAUUUCUGGAAAUGCCAGUGUGCAAAGAGAUGGCCAUCGAUUUGCAAAAGACCUAACCUUUCAACUAUGUCCUACUACAAGCUCUAUCAGAGCUUCUACAAAAGGCAGAAUCAUCAGAUCUUGCAUCCGCCGAGACUUUGCUUUGAUACUUUGGAAUUUUAUAUCGACAUAUGGGCUGGAGACAAGUUGAUUUAUUCAGACGUAGUGCAUGGUCCUGUUUUCGACGCUGGAAUCAAACUCCCUCCCCAUAGAAUCUCCAGCGUCCUUGGAUAUCACCUGCAGGCUACAGAGUACAAGAUGAUGCUGGCGGUUGAGCCAACCUUCAAACUGCCAUUGAGUCAGCCUGUUAGUGUUUCAGUGCUCGUGGGGCGCAAGGACACCAACAAGCUUGCCCGCAUCAUUCACAAAGCUAUGUUUGAUUAUAUUGAUCGGUCUUCUUAUAGAGCAAUGGCAUUCGACGUCAUUGACAUUUCCCCCACGUAUCGUUUCUUGCCAAACAUCCGGGGAUGGAUCUCGCUGCUUUUCAUGGAAGGUGGAGAUGAGUGUGAAAUUGAUGUUUUUGGCAUUCAGAUGGAUUUCAACGAUGUUGCCAACUCUAAGGACGAGGUAUUGUGGCUAUUGGACAUGCUUGAUUGGAAAUGA